AUGGUAUUGGUUUGGAAAAUGCUUUUGGGCUUUGCUAGCUUUCUACUUGCAUAUUUCCUGCUCAUCCUGGUUAGGUUCCUCAAAAAAGUAUGGUUGAAUCCAAUAUGCAUACAGUCCUUUAUGAGGUCUCAAGGAAUCAAAGGUCCUUCUUACGAGCUCCUUCAUGGCAAUACCAAAGAAAUCAUCAACAUGAGAAGAUAUGCUACAAGCAGGGCCAUGGAGGAUAUGUCACACGACAUAUUUCCUAGAAUCCUGCCUGAUGUAUAUUCAUGGGUGAACAUAUAUGGGGCAACUUACCUCAAUUGGUAUGGUCCUCAGCCUCAGCUGGUUGUCACUGAACCAGAGCUAGUCAAAGAGAUAUUAAACAAUAAAAAUGGUGAUUAUCCAAAAAUCGACCUUGAAGGCUAUGCCAAAAAGCUUUUAGGAGAUGGUCUUUCGGCAUCAAAAGGUGAAAAGUGGGCAAGGAUGAGGAAACUAGCCAAUCAAGUUUUCCACGCAGAGAGCCUGAAAAAUACGUUGCCUGCAAUGAUCACAAGUACUGAAAUUAUGUUGGAAAGGUGGAAGGAGAAUGAAGGAAAAGAGGUUGAGGUGUUUGAAGAGUUCAGGUUAUUAACAUCAGAAGUUAUUUCCAAGACAGCCUUUGGGAGCAGUUACUUGGAAGGAAAGAACAUAUUUGAGAUGUUGAUGAAACUGACCCUGAUAGUCUCCAGAAAUGCCCGUAACAAUAGAUUUCCUGGCAUCAGCCACCUUUUCAAAAGCAGUGAUGAAAUAGAGUCAGAAAAACUUGAGCAAGGAAUUAAAAACUGCAUAGAACGUAUUAUACAGAAGAGGGAGCAGGAGAAUUGUAAUGAAAACGAAAGCUCCAAAGGUGAUUUUCUUGAGAAACUCCUAGAGGCUAAUGAAGGAAGUAGCAAAUGGAUUUCGAUAGAUGAUAUGGUUGAUGAAUGCAAGACUGUGUAUUUUGCUGGACAUGAAACAACAACUUCUUUGCUUACUUGGAGCAUUCUUCUUCUAGCUGUUCAUAAAGAGUGGCAAGAGACAGCAAGGGAAGAAGUGAUUGAAAUUUUUGGCCAAAUGAAGCCCAAUGCAGAUGCUAUCCCUAGACUGAAAACUAUUAACAUGAUCCUUGAAGAGUGCUUGAGACUUUAUCCGCCAGUGCCUGCAAUCAUGAGAAAAGUUCACAAAAAAGUUAAGCUGGGGAGGCUAACGCUCCCGGCACAUACUGAACUGUUGAUUUCACCUCUUGCACUUCACCAUGAACCUAAGAUAUGGGGAGAAGAUGUUCACCAUUUUAAGCCUGAAAGAUUUGCAGGAGGUGUAAUUAAGGCUACUAACAAUAAUCCAGUAGCAUUUCUGCCGUUUGGCUUUGGGCCACGAACUUGUGUAGGCUUGAAUUUUGCAAUGGCCGAAGCAAAGAUUGCCCUUUCAAUGAUUCUGCAGCAUUACAAGUUCAGUCUUUCGCCAAAUUACGUUCACUCUCCAGUUCAAGUUUUCAUGGUUCGACCACACCAUGGAGUUAAGAUCAUUCUCAGUAGAGUUUGA